AACUAAUUACAAAAAUUGGUGCAUCCGUGUGAGAGCAUUGCUGGGAUCCCAAGAUGCUUGGGAUAUUGUUGAGAAAGGUUACGAGAUUCCCGUGGAGGAUUCUCGGCUAUCUCCUGCUGAAAAGGAGGUUUUGAGAAAAAAUAGAAAGAGUGAUCAAAAGGCACUCACUCUAAUUCAUCAAUGUCUUGAUGAAUCCAAUGUUUGAUCAAAUAGCAUAUGCUACCACAACAAAGGAAGCACGAGAGAAUUUGCAAAAAGAAAUGCAAGGCGUUGAACCAGUGCAGAAGGUUCGACUUCAGACACUCAGGGGAGAUUUUGAAUCUAUGAAAAUGAAGGAGGGAGAAUCUGUUUCGGAUUACACCGCCCGUGUGAAGUCUAUCGCCAGCAAACUGAAGCAAUAUGGGGAGAAAAUUGAAGAGACCAAAGUGGUGGAGAAAAUUUUACGGUCAUUAUUACCGAAGUUCGUUUAUGUGGUGGCCAUGGAGGAAGCCAAAGACUUAUCAAAAUUGACGGUGGAUGAAGUCAUCGGUUCACUACAAGCCAGAGAAGAGAGGCUAAAUAAAAGAAAUGAAGAAUCGUCAGAACAAGUGUUAGCUACAAAAGCUACCACUAAGGAGAAAGAAGGCGCACGAGGAGGAAGUUACAACAGAGGUCGAGGCAGAGGCACUUAUCGAGGCAGAGGAAGAGGCAGAGCCCGAGGAGCAUAUCAAAGCAGAGACAGAGUAAAUUUCGCCACGAACUAUGAAACGUCCACCAGAGGUAGAGGUUGUGGUCGUGAACGUGGAAGAGGAAAUUGGAGAUCAAAUGAAGGUCGUGAUACAUCCAACGUCCAAUGCUAUAAUUGCUCGAAAUAUGGGCAUUAUGCAUCGGAAUGUUGGAGUCCGACUAAAGUAGUGGAGGAGACAGCAAACAACGUGCAAGAAGAAGAAGUUAAAGUCACAUUUGUAACAUCUCGUUCCGGCAAAACCCAUAUUUCGAUCGCUAGAAAGUUCGCGAUUUAAAAUCGAGCAUUUCGACACUAUUUCGACGAAAAUCGGAUUAUCAAUCGAUCGGAUAAAUAUACGUAUUAAUUAUAUAUAUAUAUAUAUAUAAUCUGUCCAUUUAAUUCCGCCGUCCAUUACAUUCCCAUCCAUUUUCUUCUUCUUCAUUCUUUGCGGACCGAGAGUAAGCGGAGAGCAGAGCCGCACGCAGAGCUCCGGGGAAAAAUUUCCAUAGCUCAAAAUCUUGAGCCCUACUGAUCCAAAAAUCCCGUAAGUAAUGCCUAAUUCAUCUAUUCAUCGUGAUUUAUCGAUUUAGAGCUUUAAAACGAGUUUUUGGUUCAUGAAUUUCUUGAAUUCCCGAUAAGCCAAAUUAGGAUUUCGGAGUAUCCGGAAGCCGGAUUGAGCCUAAAUUUCAUAUACGAGCUUCCGGCAGCGAGGUAAUCAAUCCUCUAGUUCUAAUCCCUGAAUUUCGGCUAUUAUUUAGGCCGGGGUCCAAACCGCUGAAUUUAGCUCCGGCCAGGGUUUGAUGUGUUUUUAUCGAGAAUUUGACCCGGAGCCUAGAACUAAUAUUGACGGGGAUACUGCAGGGGAUAUUAGGAUGGUCUCGGAUUUUAAUUCGGGGUUCGUUCGUGAAAUUGACUUUUUAGUACGGGAAGGUUGAACCGGUGUUUGAACGACCAUAACUGGUGAGGGAUUAGCACGACAUAUCGGGUUUGUCGUAUCACGAUAAUUAUAUUGAUGCUUAGAAUUGAUCUAGGUGAACUAGAAUGGCAUGAUUAGGGGUGUAUGAACUUUUGUGCUAUAUGUUGAACCCUGGAUUGCUGUAUGAUAUUAUUGACUUGCCCUAAUCGAUAUGAACCUUGUUUAUGCUGAUGAUUGUGUAUAUGUUGCAAAUUGUGGGCUUGACUGUUAAUAUGCUUUACGAUGGUUCGAGAAGGUGAUUAGGUAUGAUUUUCCAUGAUUGUUGUAUUUGGAUGCACAAGUGGGAAAAUAUAUAUUCCCUUGUGAUAUUAUGAUUUUUAAGGAGGAUGACUUGCACGAGGGUUUAUCCCGAGGAAGUGCAAUUAUACGACUCCUGAUUUACUUAUGUUGAGCCAAUUAUGGCCAGGUCAAGUACAUGUGCAAGUAAUGAAUUAUGAUUAAGCAA